UAAUUUUGUAUAUAUGGUGGUUAGUAUGUCUCCUUGUGUAUUUUUAUGCUCUCUCUAGCUCCUUCUUCUCUCCUUCUACUCUAUUUCCUUAAUCCUCCAUUUUUCCCACUAAUCAUGAUUACUCAAAUUAUCUUCUUAAUUAUCCUUUUCUCCUAGACAUAUAUAUAUACACACACACCAAAAUACUUCCCUUACUUUUAGGUCACUCUCACUAACUAUCAUUACAAGACUCAUAACUUAUAUAUAAGUGUUAAUAAUAUAACAAGGGUUGAUUCAUUUCUUGAUAUCUUCAUUUCAACAAGAUGGGUUUUCUCAUGGGUUGUUUUGGGUGUAAAUCGGGCUCACGGGCCAAAAAUGAUGACCGGGUCAACCCGGAAAGAGUGUCGGUUGAUGAUGAGGUGGUGAAGAGGUUUACAUGGGAAGAAAUAGAGAGAAUGACUAUGAAGUUUAAGGAGGUGAUUGGUGUAGGAGGUUAUAGUAAUGUGUACCUUGCUAAGUUCCCUAAUUCAUCAUUAUUAGGUGCUGUUAAGAUUUAUAAUAGUAGUGAGAGGCUUAAUCAAGUGUUUAAGAGUGAAUUAGAGAUUUCUCAAAAGCUUCAUCAUGCUAAUAUAGUCAAACUCCUUGGUUUCUGUGAUGAAAGAGAUGAAGGAGUACUAGUUUUCCAAUACGCACCAAAAGGAAACCUACAAGAAGCGUUACACCCUCGUAAUCAAAUCCCGUCUACAUCACCGCACAACAACACGUGCCAAAACCCAAAACCAAAACAACUCACGUGGAAACAGAGGAUUUCAAUAGCCUACCAAUUAGCCCAAUCACUAGAAUACCUCCACGAAAGUAGUGACGUCCACAUAGUCCAUGGUGACGUCAAAUCCUCAAACGUACUUUUAGACGAACACCUCAAUAUCAAGCUUUGCGAUUUCGGGUUCGCCAAAAUGGGCUUUUCGUCCAUGAUCAAGCCCGCUUCCUCGUCCCGUAUUGCAAUGAUGGGUUCACCGGGCUACAUUGACCCGCACUAUCUAAUGACAGGGAUUGCUUCAAAGAAGAACGAUGUUUACAGUUAUGGAGUUAUACUUUUGGAGCUUAUUACUGGGUUUGAGGCCUUUAUUGUUUCUCCAGAAGGGGAUAAACAGGUGCUUUUGACAACGAUUGUACGGACUAAAGAUAGUUUUGAUGUUGAGAAGUUGGUGAAAAUGGCGGAUUUGAGGAUUGUUGAAGAAGAUGAAGAUGAAGAUGAAGAGGGUUUUGAUAGGCAACAAGUUAAGGAUUUGGGUUUUAUUGCUAUGGAUUGUUUGCAUCAUUUGCCUAGUUUAAGGCCUUCUGCAUCUGAUAUUUGUAAGAUUUUUAGAGAAAAAUUCUGUUUUGACAAAGAUAAAUUUUGAGAAGAAUAAAUCACAGGAAAAAAAUUCAUGUAGGGAUAGGAAAAUUGUGUGUUGUAGUCUUGUAUAAAAGUAUAAAAUUUGCAACUCAGAAAACAAUCUCAUAACUUCAUAAGAGAUUUUUAGAUUAGAUAGAGGUUUCUAGGAGUACACAAGAACAGUUUGUUUGCAUUUUGGCGUGGUCUGGUCUGAUCUGGUUUAAUAUUGUGAAUUGAUUGUGAAAAGUUUUUGGUUUUUCUCCUUUUGAUUUUUUCA